UUCAACGGCGAGCGGAGAAUCAUAAAGCGCAAAUCCAUCCUAUGUACCUACCAAUCGUCGUCUCCAAUACUCUUGGCUUAUAACCCCUCACUUUGUGUUUUAUACCCCUCCCAGCAUCUUGAGAUAUCAAGACACGGGCCACCAAUUAAUAUUGAAAAGUAUAGAGUGUCUUAAUUGACCCUAGGAUAAGAAUAAACCAACGUAUUCCGCCAAAAUGUCGAAGCAGUCGGAGACCAACCAGCUCUCCCCGGAUCUUCCCAGUACUACUACGUACUUGACCGGCCAUAAUGAGGAAGGAAAAGCAAAAGUGCACUCGGCGCGGCCGGCAGCAUGGAAGCCGUUUGAGGGUGGUGUCAUGGGUUUCAACCAGAUCUACACCAACACAUUCCCAGCCGACCUGAACAACGACGCCGACGUGAAAUACCACGAAGAGAUAAUCUCAAGCGGGAAGCUAGGUCUGGCGACCAAGAACGGAGUAGUGUGCCGGAUGGUAGAUUUCGGGCCGCACUACGAGUGUAUGAUGCACCGGACGCAAUCCCUCGACUUCGGAAUCGUCGUCGAGGGCGAGAUCGAGAUGAAGCUGGACGACGGGUCGAAGACGCUGAUGAAGCGGGGCGACGUGGCCGUCCAACGCGCGACGAUGCACUCCUGGCGGAACACGAGCCCGACGAACUGGGCUCGGAUGAUCUUUGUCCUGCAGGACAUGAAACCUCUGUUUGUCAACGGGAAGAAGUUUGGCGAGGACUUAGGGGGUGAGGUUGAGGGGUUGCCGCCGAGUGGGAAUGACGAAGAGUGAUCUAGAUCUUAGUAGUAUUCUAAGCUAAACAAACUGAAAGUGAGCUGUCACAUCCAUUUCAAUAUUGGGAGUUGUUGCCCUGUAUUGAAGCUAUCCCAUGGCUGCAUCAUGUGAUAUUGAUGUUUCAAUACUAUUCUUCUUUGAUACGCUUGGAUUUCAUUUCGUACUAAAUCUUAAUGUUUGUUAUGCGACAUUAAUGAGGUAAAAAGUACCUAUCUAAUUCAAUGUCCUUAUAGCAAUUGUAGUCAAAAUUGAAGAUAGAGGUUUACGAGAUUCAUGUUGG